AAGCCAUGAACAGAAUAGCAGGAGAUAAAAAAAACUUAGUAUGGUAUAAGCGAGUGCCGUGUGGAAAAAGAGGGAAUUUGGAAUCGCAAAUCGGUAGCGAAAGAGAAGAAAAAUAGGACAAAAGCUUCGAAGAAGAAACAAUGGGACGGUGGUGGAGUAAGUGUGUGGUGGCGUUCAUGGCGUUGGCCCUCUUCUCUAUCUCCGCCACAGCGAGGCCCUGCAAGACCUUCCUCAUUUCCUCCUAUUCCAUCUCUUUCCAUAACCCUAAUGACCCUUCCUCCGCUGUCUCCUCCCGAUUUGUCACCGUCUUCACUGAGAUCGGUCAAUUGAACCCCUUAUCCAUGCCCGCCGAUACCAAGCCCUCCUACGUCUUCAGCUCCCUCCGUGAUCGUAGUAGGGACAUUCUCAGCGUUGUCGUCGCUCUCCUCUUCGGCGUCGGCUGCGGCUCUCUCACUGCCGCCGCCAUCUACUUGGUCUGGAUUAUCUUCACGGCCCGUUGCGAGUACCAUGAGGAUGAUGAGUCUGACGAAGAAUUUAGCCCUAAAAAAAUGGGGUAUGUUAACAUUCCUGCGAAUCCUGCUGUUAACGUUAAGGAAGCCCUUUGAUCAAAUGCCAUAGUUGUUAUUAAUUAUUUAAAUAAGUUCUCGGUUUGAUUGUUCAGUACUUCGGUAAAUCAUGUCUAUGUCUGUCUCUGACUUCUCAUUUUAUUUAAAGUUUCUUUUUUUAAAAUAUGUAAUAUGCAAUCCAAGCACUUGUACUGUUAUUGUAUUACUCUGGACGCUAUUUGCUGCUUGCUUUAUUCUAAUAUGCUUUAAUCUUUUUAUCA